UCGGGGAGAGGAGAGUGUGGGGCGCCCCCUUCUUGGCCCGGGUCUCGGGUCUGCGGCCGGAGCGGCGACACGGCAGCGAGCGGAGACACCAGUGGCAGAGAACCGACGAAGGGUGCUGCCAUGGUGAUGGCGGUGGAGGACAGCAUGGUGCAGGUUGUGGUCCGGGUGCGGCCCCCCACCUCACGGGAGCUGGAGAGCCAGAGGAGGCCUGUGAUUCAGGUGGUAGACGAGCGGGUACUGGUGUUUGACCCUGAGGAGCCUGACGGGGGCUUCCUUGGCCUGAAAUGGGGCAGCAUCCAUGACGGCCCCAAGAAGAAGGGCAAAGACCUGACGUUUGUCUUUGACCGGGUCUUUGGUGAGGCGGCCACCCAACAGGAUGUGUUCCAGCACACCACUCACAGCAUCCUGGACAGCUUCCUCCAGGGCUACAACUGCUCAGUGUUUGCCUAUGGGGCCACUGGGGCCGGGAAGACGCACACCAUGCUGGGAAGAGAGGGGGACCCCGGCAUCAUGUACCUGACCACUAUGGAACUGUACAGGCGGCUGGAGGCCCACCAGGAGGAAAAGCAAUUCGAAGUGCUCAUCAGCUACCAGGAGGUGUACAAUGAGCAGAUCCACGACCUCCUGGAGCCCAAGGGGCCCCUUGCCAUCCGUGAGGACCCCGACAAGGGCGUGGUGGUACAAGGCCUUUCUUUUCACCAGCCAACCUCUGCUGAGCAGCUGCUAGAGAUGCUGACCAGAGGGAACCAUAACCGCACGCAGCACCCCACUGAUGCCAAUGCUACUUCCUCCCGCUCCCAUGCCAUCUUCCAGAUCUUCGUGAAGCAGCAAGACCGGGUUCCAGGUCUGACCCAGGCCCUUCGGGUGGCCAAGAUGAGCCUGAUUGACCUGGCUGGCUCAGAGCGGGCGUCCAGCACCCACGCGAAGGGGGAGCGGCUGCGGGAGGGUGCCAACAUCAACCGCUCUCUGCUGGCCCUCAUCAAUGUCCUCAAUGCCCUGGCUGACGCAAAGGGUCGCAAGUCUCAUGUGCCCUAUCGGGACAGCAAACUGACCCGUCUGCUCAAGGAUUCCAUCGGGGGCAACUGCCGCACGGUGAUGAUUGCUGCCAUCAGCCCCUCCAGCCUGACGUAUGAGGACACUUACAACACCCUCAAGUACGCCGACCGGGCCAAGGAGAUCAAACUUUCGCUGAAGAGCAAUGUGGUCAGCCUGGACUCUCACAUCAGCCAGUACGCCACCAUCUGCCAGCAGCUCCAGGCUGAGGUGGCCACCCUGAGGGAGAAGCUUCGAGUGUAUGAGGCCGGAACCCAGGCCCCACAACAGGACCUCCCACAGCCCCCCAAAUUGGGCUCUCCGCAACAACCUUCUUCCCCACCAUCCUGCCAUCCCAACGAGCUCUGCACCCCAGAGCCCCACCCAGGGUCUGCAGUCCUUCAAGAGGAGAGCCUGGAGGCAGAGGCCCAGGUGGACAGGGUCGUGGAAGGGAACUCCUCAGACCGGGAGCAGCCCUCAGAGAACAAAGACAAAAGCUUGGCCAAGGAGGUUCCGAUUCAGGUGCCAGAACAGAGCCUCCGACAGUCCCUGCUGGAGUCCCCUGGCUUAACCCUAGAGCCCAAGCAAGUCAUGGGCUGCCUGUCACCACAGAACCUGGGAAGGGACCAUUCCAAGCAGUUGGCGCUGAAGGUACUGUGCCUGGCCCAGCGGCAGUACUCCCUGCUUCAAGCAGCCAACCUCCUGACCCCUGGCAUGAUCGCAGAGUUUGAGACCCUACAGCAGCUGGUGCAAGGGGAAGAAACCAGGCCUGGAACAGAGGCCUCAGGGACUCUUGGCCCGGCCAGGGGGGCACCUCUGGUUCAGGAGCUGUGUUCAGAGUCAAAGUCUCCAGGAUACUCUGGCCCUGUGACCCGGACCAUGGCAAGGCAACUGAGUGGACUCAUGCACAGUCUGGGGGUCCCACCUGGGCCUGACUGCACCUCAGCCCAGGCAUCUCUGCAGCCCACGGAGAAGAAGAGAAGGAGACCGAGCCCCUCAGAGCAAGACAGUCCCCCAGCCCCAAAGCCAGGGACCAAGCGCCAGCACCAGUCCUUCCUGCCCUGCCUGAGAAGGGGAUCCCUGCCUGAGGCUCAGCCUUCAUUCGGACCCAUUACCCCCAAAAAGGAAAGGGUCUCCCCCUGCCAUUCUCCUCGCUUUUGCCCAGCCACGGUCAUCAAAAGCCGGGUGCCUCUAGGCUCUUCAGCUCUGCAGAACUGCUCCACCCCUCUGGCCCUGCCUGCUCGGGACCUCAAUAUCACCUUUGAUCUGUCUGAGGAACCCCCCUCAAAGCUGGGUUUCCAUGAAUGCACUGGCUUGGAAAAUGUCCCCCAAAACAGGCUGGAUCAACCCUUCAUCCCCAGUGGCCCUGUGUCCCUGUUCACCAAGAAGGGCCCCAAGCCAGCAUCUUCCUUCCCUGAGACCUCAGCCCGCAAGAAGAGGCGCCUUGUGAGUUCCUCCGCCUCCCGCCGCAGCCGCAUCGCCCGCCUCCCCAGCAGCACCUUGAAGAGGCUAGCUGAGUCCCUGGCAACCCCGGGAGAGAGAUGGGAGAUGAGAUGGAGAACAGACAGCCUCACUUUUCUCCUUCCUCCCUGCCUCCCCCUCCUACUGGCCUGUGGAGCUCCCCUUUGGUCCCCACUGCCUGCAGCCUCCUGCAACCUGAGGAGCCAGAGGGAACUGAGGAGGGUUAGGGAAGUGCUGUCAGCUGGGAGCUGCAUCGCCAAGGUGUCCUGACUGCUGUCCCCUCUUGGAUCCUGGAGCACCCUGCACCAGGAGCGCUGACCUUCCCUCCUCAGCUUGGAGCAAUUAAUGCCAACACCCUCUUCUAUUAACACUCCUCUCCCAGACAUUCAUUCUGCUACUCACCCUCUUUAUUAAUC